AAAAAGGCGAGGCCGCGAAGGACCCUAACUGAUGUGCAUGGAAAUCAAGGAGACGCUCCAAUAUUUAAACUACAUUUGCUUAAAGCUAUAGCUCGCCAUACCUUGUACUCGGCGAGCACACACGCAAUACGGACUGCGCGGAGUUCAUCGCGGAACCACGAUUUAAUUAUAAUGUACUCCUUUGAUAUUGGCUAUCACAUACUGAUUCAUCACAGUGUGUCACCGUUCCGGAGCACAUGCAACAGUUGCAGGCCACAAUGAGUGUGUAUAAUUUGCACGAGCUAUCAAAAGCUGCGCGAUGGAGGCAUAGGUGCUAUUAUGAAUCGAUGGGAAGCCCACCAGCACAGCGGAGGCCAUUUUGACUGGCGUGGCGUUGUCGCGCAGCACGCUAAACUGCGUUAUGCUAGCACCAGCUGACGCCGCUUUGUCGCCAUCUCACGUCGCGGUGGUCAUCGAGGACAGCCGCGCCGAUGAGGCGACAACUGUCGCUGGUGCUGGUGCCCCUGAGCCGCAGCCCCCACCGCUGCCAGAAAGCCCCACUCGCGAGCCGGAUGCGCAGCCCGCUGCCAUAGACUUCACCGACAAUGGGCAAGCAGGUCAAAACUCCAUCCAGGCAGCUGCCAACUUUCCUGAGGGGCUUGCGUGGCCAGCUGGUGCCCUGCCAGCGCCCCAGGACGCAGCAGCUGCACCUCAGGGCGAGGACGCAGCCGCAAUGGAGGGCGAGGACGUAGCCGCACCCGCCGCGGCCAUUGCGCCCGGCAUCAUCACAGCCGAUCGCAACGGUACCGCAGCAGCUCCCCCACCGGACCCUGGAGGCAAGGCGCAGCAGCCGCUGCCACAGGAGGACUUCUUUGCGGCGACGGCAGAGAUGGAUGAGAUCUGCAAAGACCUGCCCGCGGGCGGCGAGGGGUCAAACUACAAGGAUGUCGUCCUACGCAUUGAGUUCAUCUCGAGCAGGGAGGUGAAGGCGAUCAUCUCUCUCACCGUCAUCGUCAUCGGCGCGGGGGUUGCCAUUACCGUGUAUGGCAAGGUCAUGGCAAUGCAAGAGGGCACAUCCUGGUACAACCGCUACUCCAGCAGACCCAAAUUCCAGGACAACUUCCUGUCGGGCACCGUGUGUAUCGGCAUCACCGGCCUCUUGCUGCUGCUGUACCUGGCGGCUGGGCUGAUGCUGUGGCUGCGGCGGCAGCGCUGGGACGCACGGCGCUUCCGCAGCUACCUCACUCGCAUGACGGAGCUGGUGGCCAUGCUGCUGCUGGUGGCGGCGUGGACGGUGGCGGGCGACGGCCGGCGCCUGGAGCGUGACUGCCCCAAGUUCCACCACACAGUGAUGCUGACCUUUGCCAUCCGGAGCACCUGCAGCAACCUGCUGCUGUGUCUAUUCACCAUAACCGCGCGCGGCAUGACGCUGUGGCGCGGCGGGCCGCUCACGCGCUGGCAGCACAUGGGCGUGGCGCUGGACAAGCUCGCUCGCGCCACUCGCCGCUGGGUGGUGCGGCGCGCGCGGGAGGAGGAGGCGGCGCGGCGGCUGCUGCAGGAGCGGUUCCGGGAGGAGUGGCGCAAGAACGCGCGCGAUGGCGCGAAGCAGUUUCGCGAGACGGCGGGCGCUGUGUGCGUGGGCGUCUCCGCGGCGGGACAAGCCGUUGGGAAGUCGGCGGAACGCGUUGCGACCGGGGCCACGGCGGCGGCGGGUCAGGCCGUGGCGGGUGUGGCCAAAACCCUUAGCGGGCGGCGGCACGGCACGUGGCAAGGCGGGGCCGGGGCGGCGGCAGGGCGCAUGGGGCAGACGGGGCCAGGCAAUGGCAGCCAUGGGACAACGCAGGUCAACCCGCUUGCAGACCCAAUGCCCGCGCCGCCGCCGGCGCCUAGGCCUCCUGCGCCGGCGCCGGAACCGCCUUCGCUGCCGGCGGUACUGGUGCCGUCUCCGUCACCUUGUGCGUUGGAGGUGGAGGCGGAUCGCGCGGCACCUGAAUUCCCACCACCUCCCAGUGCUGAACCCAUCGCACUGACGGCAACGACACGAGCGGCACCUGCGCUGCCCUCGCCACAGUCUGUGCCUGGGGGUGAGUUGCCGAUGCCGGCGUCGGGGCCCGGUGCGGCUGGCGGUGGCGCUUCCAAUGGCACUGCAGUAACAGCAGAGGCGGCAACGGUGGCGGUGACGAACGUCAAGGAUUCGGACGUGGCUGUUGAGGUGCCCGCGGUAAUUGCUGCCGAUGGGUCUGCACUGAGGACGGAAGUCAAUGCGGCGGUGGUGGCGGCGGCACCGAAUGCAGGCGAGGAGUUGCAUCGGCCCUUGCCGGCCGCUGCUGGGCUGGAGCCCUCACACAGCGCACCGGAGGGGGACACAGCGGGGGCGGCAGCCAACGCAGGACGGGCCGGGGCGGAAGGCGCACCGGCGGGGCAGGCAGCUGGAGCGGGGGCGGUAGCGGGAGCGAAGCAGGGAGAGGGGCUGGCAGCGGAGACGGCUGCGCCGCAGCCCCAGCCACCCAUGGAUGGGGAUGCAGAGGCUGCUGCAGCUGAGGCUGCUGCUGCUGCGGCGGCGGCGGCGGUGGCUGCUGCAACUGCCGGGGAGGAUGCGGCCGCCCCGUGCCCCGUGUGGGAGCCGCCACGGGCCACACUGCAGCAGCUGGUGGAAGUGACCGAGUGCGCGGCCAAGGCGGCCUCCGAGCAGCUCUACAUCGACGGGCCGUGGUGGGCCUACCUGUCGCCGGUGCUGUGGCUGUUCCUGCCCUAUCAGCUGUUAGUGGCGCUGGCGAUAUGGUCGCUGUCGGCGGCCGUGGACCCCUACCUCUCACAGGACGCGGAGCAGUGCAUGGCCUUCUACACGGAGUGCCAGGUGGCCACCUCUGAGUCGUACGGCUUCAUGGCCGCAAUGUUGAUCGCAGAGGUGGUCUACCUGUCUGUGUACCUGAUUUACUGCUACCGCGCCGCCGCCUACCUGUCCAAGAGGUCGUAUGUGGAGUACCGACAGCUCAACAUCAACCUGCGGGUGGAGAUGCGAGUGCGCAGCUUCUCACUGCUGUUCAUCGUCGCAAACAACCUGGCGCAGGCGUUUUACGUGCCAGUGGUGCAAGUGGACGGGCAGCCGCGGCGCUGCCGCUACAGCCUGGACACCAUCUUCGGGUCCUGGAGCUCUGUGGUCACGCUGACGUUCCUGUCCUGCGCGCUGUCCUGGCUGCUCUACCCGCGGGCCAUCAGCAGGAGGCCGCUGCGGUCACUGCUGCAGCGGUUCGCCUGGAUCGAGGCGGACCUGCCGCGGCAGAUGGCUCGGCGGCACGGCGCGGUGCCGCACGGCUCCACGGCGGAGGCGCGGCAGCUGCUGGACGCGGCGCCCAUGUUCUGCUUCGAGACGGCCCUGAAGCUCAUGUACUGGUGCCACUUUGCGUACGAGUAUGACGAGGAGGGCAUCCAGUCCUGGAUGCAUCUGGAUCAGCUCAUGGCGCUGUACGACCUGCAGGAGAUUGAGGUGAUGCGCGAUGAGGAGAGCGACACCAAGGCGCUGCUGGCCACGGGGCCGCGCUGCUGCCUGGUGGUGUUCCGCGGCACGGCCUCGCUCAAGGCGGCGUGCGUGGACCUCAAGGCAUACAUGAGCCGCUUCUACGACCGCGCCUCCUACACCGGCGUGAGCCCCAUGUGGUGGGCCAUGAACGUGCACCGCGGCUUCCAGUGGAGCUGGACCAACCACCACUUCAACCGCCGCGUCGUGGACUGGGUGGCGGCCUACAGGCGCAGCAACCCGCAGGGCCGGGUCAUCGUGACGGGCCACUCGCUGGGCGGCGCACACGCCACGCUGUGCGCCUUGGAUCUGUCCAUAGCCCUGGGGCCCGGAGGAGGCGGAUCAGCCGGCCUGGGCAACGGUGGGGGUGCCGGCAGAGCCGCUGGCGGCGGCCUCGCACGCGCCAGCCGGGCCAAAGGUGCCCCUGUCGGGGCCGGGGCCGGGGCUGGGGCCGCGACCGCCGCCGAGCCGGCGCUGCUUCCUCAGGACAUGCUGACCUGCUACACCUUUGGCUGCCCGCGUGUGGGCAACCACUACUUUGCCAAGGUGUACAACCAGGUGGUUCGCGAGACGUGGAAUGUGAUCAACGGCAACGACGUCGUGCCGCUGACACCCAAGUGUGUGUUGGUGUUCCUGUACAAGCACCCCGGGCACAAGGUGGUGCUGCGCGGCCCCGGCGACAUCAUCGUGCGCCCCUCCUUCCUGGAGAACGCGGUCAUGCGGCUGCCGCUGGUGCGCAGUCUGUCGCACCACCUCAUGGGCUCCUACAUCGCCUCCCUCACUGCCGUGUGGCGCAUGGCGCUGAGGGGCAAGCACAUCGACGGGGCCGUGCGCGCGCUGCUGUACCACCGCAGGCACGACCUGCCCAACGUGCACGACUCCGCCAUCGAGCUGGCGGAGCUGGCCGUCACCUCCGUCAUGGCCGCCGCCCAGGCCGCCGAGCCGCCGGAGAAGGUCCAGCAAGCGCUGCGGUCGGCCGUCGCGGCGGACGAGGCGGCCAGCGUGGCCGCCGAGGAGUUCUGCCGCUCCUGGAACCUACUCAAGCAGGUCUACGUGCGCGAGCGGGCCAAGCUGGCUAGGAAGAGGCUAGUGGCGGCCCGGGCGAAUGCGGACAUGGCGAUGGUCGCGAGCGCGGCGGCGGCGGCGGCGGCGGCCGUGGCUGGCGGGCCGCUGGCGUUUGCGGCGCUGGGGCGGAACGAGUCGGCGCAGCUGCUGGUGAAGCGCCAGGGCGACAUCUUGUGCCUGGCUACCCAGCCGCCGGAGCUAGGCGCCGCACUGGCUCCUGGCGGCUCGGAGGACGGCGCAUCAGCAGCAGGCGCCGCCGCAGGCGCAGGCGCAGCGGCCGGGCCGGGCAAGGCGCAGCAGCAGCCGCAACAGGAGCAGGAGCAGAAGCCCAUGACGUUCACACAGCGAACGCGCCACUCGCUCGGUCGCGUGCUGGCGUAUGUGGGCCAGGGCCUCAACUGCGGCCUCGCCGCCGUCGGUGUCGAGACGGGCAUCGACACGCCUGACCAGUCGGGCUUGGCGCCGCAAGCACACGCCUGCGGCGGCUGCGGCGCCGCUGCCGGCUGCAUGCAAGUGCGCAGCAGGCCCCGGUAGGAGGCGCCGCUGCGUCUGCACAGCCUGUGCCUGCAGCUGCUGAGCCGCGGCUAGGGAGGUCGUGUGGCGUGCACCAGGCACCAGCGGGCGCGUGGCUGUGGCAGAGCGCUAUGCAUGCGGUGUGUUGAGUGUGCAUGGGUCUGGUGCGGUGCUGGUGCCUCCGGUGCUGCUGGGGCACGGCGUCCUCCAGGUAUGUACGCGCGCCGCCGGCACAAGGCGGGAACGGGUCGUGUUCAUGGGUGGGUGUGGCAGGAACGCCGGACUCAAUGACUAGCCAGGGACUGCUUGCGGGGUUGUCGUGGAGUUGUGUCGGGUUUCCUGCCACAUUGGGUUGGUGUGGCGCACAGUGCGAUAUGGUCCUAGAGGCGCGUGGCCGGGGGUGGAAGCACGCAGGACUAUGGUACGGUCGCCAGGGGGCGCGUCGACAUGUGGGCGGAUCUACAGGGCGUCAGGUCUCUAGCCAGGGGACUAGAGCGCCCGUUUGCGUGCUGUGACAGUCACUAACGACGAUGUAUGGUGUUUGAUGUAUUACGGUAGUUCACGCACGUGGGAUUCAUUGUUGCAAUAGAAACGCGCGUCGUCUGGCAGCCUGCCAACUGUGUGAGGCUGUGCACCGGCGCCAAGGUCCAUGCCGUAUGCGAUGCAUGAUUUAGUAACCCAACCAAAUGACGUACGUUGCAAAUUGGUGAUGACCAUUGAGUGCCGACGCAUGAACACUCAGGCUGGUGGUGACUGUUGACUGUGUGGCACGGGCCACGCACCUGGGAUGAUUUUUCGUCGAUUUCAGACGUCGUCGCAGGCCCUGCAGAUCAUAUACUUGCUGGCACGUGAAGCCAGGGCAACCGCUGCGCACUGCGAGUUUGACAUAUAUACCGGUGUUUGAGACUUUUGAGAGACGGGCCAGGCUGGGCCAUAAGCUGGCUGGCUUGUUGGCGCGCACUGGACCAUUGUAUUCAGGGAGGACUGGAACACGGUAAUGUAGCGAACUCA